AUGGAGUCCACUGAUUUCUCAUCCGUUGAAUCAUCCAAGAACAAGAAGAAUUCGCCCUGUGAUUCAACGCCAUUAUCAUCGCCGCUUAAGCUCAAGAAACAUGCCCCUUCACAGCAACCCAAUCCGGAUCCAUGGAGCUCCAAAACACCAGAAAAGUCCGCCAUUGCUCCUCGGCGCUUAAGGAAUCGUGGUUCUGCACUCUCCUUGAAGGAGGUAAAGGAGGCUGCCCAAAGGCUUCGGCAAAACCGUUCAGAUCCGAACGAAGGCAGACCCGACCCGCUCAUGAGCGCCGCUCUGGAGCAGAUUCCCCUCUGGCCAGAGUCUUCUCCCGCCAAAUCAAAGAAGUCCGAUGGCUCGAUUAAACUCCCAGAGAGGUAUGAAAUACUGGAUAAGUUUUUUAGUAGUUUGGAUAGCUCAAUCCGGCUUCUUCGGAUCAAGGGCUCAGCGACGACGUUUACCAACAUCAGUCCCAAAAUAGAGUGUUUAACUGAUAGGAGGUUCACUCAUAGUCAUUUGGCUCAGUUGAAGUUUAUUUUGCCUGAGGCAAUUGAGUUAAAGAAGAUUUUGGUACAUGAUGAACGCACUAGCUGUAUGAAGCCUGAUCUUUAUGUUUCUUUAAACAUUCAAGCAAUUCAGAAUAGUGGGAAAGUGCAAUCAGAAAGUGGCAAUCUUGAGCUAAGGAAAGUUUUCCACUCAAAGCUUUUGGAUUUCCUAAAAGCUCAUCCUGAGGGUGAUGAAAUUCCGGAGGGAGAUCUUCCAGAACCAUUCAAUCGGUCAAAGAAAGAUAUUCAAACUAACUUAUUGACAGCUCCGGACUCAUCUGUGGUUGGUAAUGCUCCAACUGUUGCUUCCUUGGACCAGCUGCCGGCUGCUGCAUCCCAUUUUGCUCGGUCAUUUGCAAGACGCUUUUCACAACAAGGUUCUUGUAUUGGAACUCGACAAUUGAAGCCACAGGAAAAUGAUGCUGCUGGACAUGCUUCUUCUGUUCUUCCAGUUUCUGAACCCAAAAUAAUUGCAGAGAGCAGAAGUCACAUUUCUCCUUCUUCAACUCCUAUGAGAUUAUCUUCCAAGGACAGAAGAGGUGAUUUAGCAUUGUCGCCUGAUACGGCCUAUUCAACUAGAAACCUACCUUCGCCACCCCCAGCAACCCCAAUAAAAGAGUGUUUGUCCGAAGAAACUGCUGCUUCUCAACAAACACCUUCGCAAUGCGCCUCUACUCCUGCAAAACUAAUGAGUAACACACCUGUGCUUCAACCCCCCAAGAGAUGUUAUAUGAGCCCAGAUGAUGAUUCUAUUCAACCGACAAACAAGCUGACAAGGCGCCCAUCGCGCAGCAGAUCAUUGAAAUUUGACACUCCGGUGAAGAAAGCAAAAGUAGAGGAUGAUAUCCAGGAAAGUGAAUUUUCAGAAGUUGAUGGUGACAUCCUUGACAUUCUUCCGGAGAACCUUAUACAAUCGAUCAGGGAGAAAGAGAGGAAGGCAUUACUAGAUCAAGAUCCAGCCAUCUCACAGGCAAAAUGGCGACACCAGAUGCUCGCCAGCUUACCAAAGCUAUUUGACACGAUAUACUUUUUAUUUCAGUCAAUCAGGCGUUCGGUGAUUACAAAAGAAGAGCUUUUGCAUAAACUAGUUUCCGGCCAACUAAAUAUAGUCGAUAGAAGAGAAGUCGAAGAGCAACUAAGGCUGUUGCAAGAACUAGUUCCCGAAUGGAUUUAUGAGAAGGCAUCAUCUAGUGGUGAUAUACUCUUGUGUGUGAACAAGAUACCAAGUGCAGAAUUAGUACGCAACAGACUUGCUGAAGCAAAGUAA